AUGGUAAACAGGAGUCGUGAUACUAGUAAGUGGUGUGACUUUCACGGGGACUAUGGCCAUACCACUGAAGAAUGCACGCACUUGAAGGACAACAUAGAGGACUUAGUCAGAAGAGGAUACUUGAGUCAAUUUAAGCAGCGUGGUGACCCUCCCAGAAGAAGGGAGGAGGAUAGAGCGGGUCGAGCUGACCGCAGAGGAGGUCAGAGGGGCCCAGCUGGAGACAAGGAUAGAGAUGGCAAGCCAGAGGGCAGGGUGUACAUGAUCAGCGGGGGUCUAGUACAUGGGGGGACAGUUAAUAGAGCGCGGGCUGACCUGCGGGCGAUGAUACAUCAAAUAAACGACAAUGAUAAGCGUAGAUGGCCACCUCUUCCCUCGCAGCCACGAGCCACGUUCAACGAGUAUGACCAGAAGGGCAUAAUUUACCCUCAUGAUGACCCGUUGGUGGUGACAAUGAGAAUUGCAAACUGGGAGGUGGAUAGAAUACUGAUAGACGGAGGCAGCUCAGCCAACAUCAUAUACAUCAGUGCGUUCAAUGAGCUGAAGUUGGACAGAAAAGACCUGAAGAGAGUAAACUACGAGGUAACUGGGUUUAAUGGCUCAGGGAUUACCCUAGAAGCCAUAAUCGAACUCUCAGUCCGGGUAGGAGAGAGGUCAAAAAGACGUGAUGUUCGAGCAGAAUUUCUCGUGAUAAACUCCCCUUCACCCUACAAUGUAAUCAUGGGAAGACCGCUCAUCCACAAGAUAGGCGGGGUGGUAUCCACUUACCACCUGGCCAUGGCGUACACAACUAAUGAGGGUUGGUCAGCAAAGCUCAGGGGAAGCCAGAAGACAGCCCAACAAUGUUACAUAACUGCCUUAAAGCAGCCUGCCAAAACCAGACAGCAGUCCGGUUCCGAGAGAAGGCUCCCUAAGAAACUUGAGAGGAAGUCAAGGAAAAGGAAGCGUGAAGAGUAUCACAGGGAAAAAGAUAAACAGAAGUUGGCAAUGGAAAACUUCGAUCCUGCAAAAGAAGAAAUGACUAGACCACUUCCCAGCAGGGAGCAUGUCACAGUCGAGCUCACAGAAGGUGAUCCCUCGAGGACGGUGAAGAUUGGAAAAGACAUUGAUCCAGGAGUAGGGGUGCACCUCAUAGAGCUGUUGAGAAAGAAUAAAGACAUUUUUGCAUUUUCCGCAUAUGAGAUGCCCGGAAUUGACCCAGCAGUCAUGGUGCAUAAGCUGAAUGUGAAGGAGGAUAUAAGGCCAUUCAGGCAGAAAAAGCGAAGCUUCUCCACGGAGAAAAACCAGGCAAUCCAAAAAGAGGUGGAAAAACUCUUGGAAGCAGGAUUUAUUGAACCCUGUGACUAUCCAGAAUGGUUAGCCAAUGUGGUCAUGGUGAAGAAGGCAAAUGGCCAAUGGAGAAUGUGUGUUGAUUUCACAUAUCUUAAUAAAGCCUGCCCGAAGGACUGUUACCCACUACCACGGAUAGAUCAACUGGUAGACUCAACCAGCGGGCACGCCCUGCUAAGCUUUAUGGACGCCUUCUCAGAGUACCAUCAGAUCAGCCUGCACGAUCCAGACAGGCAGAAAACUGCAUUCAUCACCGAAGGGAGAGUGUAUAAUUACAUAGCUAUGCCCUUCGGGCUGAAGAACACUGGAGCAACUUUUCAGAAGGCAAUGGAUAGAGUAUUCCUUCACCAGAAGGGAAGAAAUGUGGAAGUAUAUGUUGAAGACUCAAUUGUUAAGAGCGUCACGCACGCUGGACAUAUCAUGGAUCUGGAGGAAACAUUUGCCACCCUGAACAAGUAUAGAAUCAAGCUCAACCCGAAAAAAUAUGUCUUUGGAGUGAGCUCUGGAAAGUUUUUGGGUUUUCUGAUCAGCGAGAGAGGAAUAGAUGCCAACCCAGAAAAGAUCGAAGCAGUCCUCAAUCUGCCCGAGCCUAAGAGCAUCAAAGAUAUCGUGCGGUUGACUGGCAGAAUGGGCGCAAUGACCAGAUUCAUCAGCAAGUCAGCAGACAAAGCCUUGCCAUUCUAUCAGCUGUUGAAAGGAAACAGAGAAUUCAAGUGGGGGACUAAGGAGAAAGAAGCCUUUGAGGGUAUUAAGGAGCAUCUGACUAAGCUCCCAACAAUGAUCAGCCCUGAGGUGAUGGAAAAACUACAGUUGUACAUCUCAGCGUCAAUACAUACAAUCGCAGCCGUUCUGCUGGUAGAAAGACAGAAGCAAAAAAGGCUGAUAUAUUUCGUGAGCCACGUGCUGACCGAGGCAGAGCAAAGAUACCCCCUGGUAGAGAAGCUAGCCUUCGCAGUGGUCACAGCAGCAAGAAAGCUAAAACCAUACUUUGACGCGCAUAUAAUAGAGGUCCUCACAAACCACCCGCUGGAGAAAGCAUUACAAAAGAUGGAUGCAUCGGGUAGACUCUUAAAGUGGGCAAUCGAGCUUUCUGAGUAUGAAUUCGAGGUCAAGCCUAGAGCAGCCAUCAAGGCACAAGCUUUAGCAGACUUCAUAGUGGAAGCCUCCUAUGAGGAGAAAGAGGAUGACGUUGGGGUCUGGAAGGUGGAAGUGGAUGGAUCCUUAGCCCAAACGGGGAGUGGGGCAGGAGUCAUAAUGACGUCUCCAGAAGGAAACGUAUUUGAGUAUGCCAUCAAGUUCAAGUUCAAAGCGUCUAAUAAUAAAGCAGAGUACGAGGCGACGCUGGCAGGCCUGCGUAUGGGCCUCGCAGCCGAAGCCCGCAAAGUACACCUGCAGACUGAUUCUCAGCUCGUUGCCAGCCAGCUGCAGGGGGCGUAUGAGAUAAGGGAAGCCACUAUGAUGAAAUAUGCAACCAAAGUGAAAGAGCUGGCAGCCCAGUUAGUCCAUUUCCAGAUAGACUUGGUCCCUAGAGCAGGAAACUCUCAGGCUGACGCCUUAUCUAAGUUAGCCAGCUCCACCUUACAAAGCCUCACAAGAACGGUGAUGGUCGAAGUGUUAAAGGAGAGCAGAAUCGCUGAAAAGGAGCAGGUAAACUGCGUCAAGAGUCAAAGAGCCUGGUUCUCAGACAUCUUGGCGUACAAACUUCAUGGCUCGCUGCCCGAUGAUGAAGCACAGGCUAAAAAGGUGAAGAAAAACGCAAAUUGGUAUGUAGUGAUGAAUGGAGAGCUCAACAAGAAAGGCUUCUCAAAAGCCGCUGCUGAGGUGUAUUCCAGAAUAGGAGCAAGAGGGCAUUAUGGAAGAAGCCCACUCCGGAAUAUGUGCCAACUAUAUCGGCGGGAAAGCAUAGGGAGUAGAGGUCCUUAG